UAUCACAAAAUCUCUAAAACGUCCAAUAAAGUCUAGAUUCCAGGAAUAUACUAUAUAAAUGAAUAUUAAUAUACAGCAUUCUGCCAGAGCUGAAAUGCACUUAUAACAAUAGACUAUAACAAUAUUGCAUAUGUUAAUGAAUAGCUGAGUGCCAUUAAACCCAGCAAAAUGCUAUCAAGUUAGUCUUCUCUAUGUAAAUAAAAUAAAAUAAAAUCAAGAAGUCAAGAUAUGCUGUUCUUAUGUUUAUAAUUCGGGCCAUUAUUCUAAUAUGACGGCUGUAAUAUGCCAUCUCAAAUCCCCAUUUCCCUCUACUCUUCCAUGUUACUGUAUAUAUUAUGUAUCUCUCUUACAAGCUUAUAAUGUCCAUUACUGCACAUUAGCUCAUACUGACUCCAAUGUGAAACCACAAAAAACAUUUGAUUGAAUUUGUUCAUGAAGAGUUCUCAACCUCAACCAGCUGCCUUACAGGCCAAUUUCACAAUCUCAUCUUGUUUUCACCUUUCCAGAAAGAGAUAGGGAGAAUAGUCAAAUUGGAUGGAGAUUGGAAGCUGUCCUCUCACCUAUCUCACCUGUAUUGCAUAUGUAACGUAAUUUGUGACUACUCUAGAGAUGUAGGAAUAGGAAUAGAAGAGUUUCUGCACUCUGAGCUGUGCCACUGCUGGAUUGGUUCUUAAUCAGCUGAACUAUCAGCACAGAUUGUGAAUAUGUCCCUGAUGGGCCCUUCAUCUUGUUCCACAGGAAUUACAGAGCAAACCUAUCGUCUAGCAUUAAUCCCCCACAUGUGCAAGCACGCACACACACACACACACACACACACACACACAAAGAUAGGAUGUGCCAUAAUAUUUGCUUUAUUUGAGAAGAACUGCAGAAAUUGUGUGUUUUAUUUGGUAUUUUUUAUCCUUUUGUUUGAUAGUUAUAGCCAUACCUAAACAAAUACUUCAGACUGAGAUAAGACACACUGUAAAGCACUACUGUGAUAAAGAACAAAAUAAGACAGAAAGAAAAGUGAAAAAAUCUAGUCACUCAAGCUAAAAGCAAGACCUAAAUAAUAAUUUAAAAAAGGCACCUGAUUUGUGCUGUAAAAUAUCUUUGCUUUUCUUUGCUUGUAUGCUGAUCAUACACCACUAUGCAGUAUAAAGUGGUGUUUGGGUUGAAUGUCUAUACUUAGAAAUGUAGAUAGAAAAAAACUGAUUCGAGGAGUGCUACAUUAGUUAUUUAGACUACAAAAUAGACUACAUAGCUGGAACCUAUAAAAUCAGAUUUGCUUGUUAGAGGUUUAAUAAGAGGUUAAUAAUGCUUUGGCUAAAUAACAUUAAGAAAUCAGUAUUUGGUGGAAUAACCCUGAUUUGCAUGAGUUUUGGCUCCAUGCUCUCCACCAGUUUUUCACAUUGCUCUUGGGGAACUUUAUACCACUCUUUUUGCAAAAAAGCAAACAGCUCAGCUUUGCUUGAUGGUUUGUGACCAUCCAUCUUCCUCUUGAUGACAUUCCAGAGGUUGGAAUCCAAAAAUCUGGAGAUUGGGCAGUGGUCUCUUAUUUUUUUCCAGAGCUGUAUAAGACAAUACAAACUUGAGACUCAUUGAUACAGAAAUCCCACUCACGUCUACCUGAGAAGAAUUUGAGCUAGAUAGCUAGCUAGAGCAUGUCCAAGGUUCACACAUACAUUUCCUCAAUAUGGCCACCAACCUUCUUGUAAUAACAUAUUACACCAUAGCUAAUAGUGUAGUGUUCAGUUUAUGAAAAGUAUUUUUUUUUCUUCACAAAAAGAAAAUGUCUUGUUGUUAAGGCUGGUACAACUACAAGUCCCAAACGAACAGACAUGUCAUUUUGUCCAUUGGGUUACCAGGGAAAGGUUGCUAAUGAAAAGUGUUCCUUUGCCAACACUGGACCAACCACUGGACCUGGACUGCAACAACAUUGAGCCAAAUGUUGGCCUGACAUUAGCCAAACAGUGGCAGGGUUGUUGCAAAAAAAAGUGCCACUGUUGAGCCAGUGCUGGCAACUUUGACACAGUUUUUAGGAAAAGUGCUCCUUUCACAAUGCUGGCUCAAAAUUGUAUAGAAAUUGCAUUACAUAGCUACUUGGGAAAUGUUUCCUCAGAAUCCUCUUUGUGUCAGACAAGUACACAAUCUUUCAAAUAAAAACCCUGCUUUUAAGAAAACUUCUCAAAGAGACCAUGUUGCUUAUAAAAGCUCUGUCCUUUCCUUUCCCCCAUGCUUGUUUACCUCAGUGAGCACCAGAGUAAGACCUAAUAACAAAUCUGAAGGAGUUUGGCUACAGGUAAGAUUAAUGGUUAUACACUCUUUACAACAGCUACAUCUUAAUCUGUUAUGGAGCAUGUUAUUGUUUCACAAAUCUCCUGUGGUGUUUUUAAUUAAAAAAGGAGAUUUUUUUUCUUGGUGAUCUUCCAGAGCAGACUUGGCUCUAGUGUUUUCAUCAGUACAACAAAGAAACAAGGGAAAAAGGACAGGUCUAUAACAAUUAAUAUACACACCAAAAGCUUCCGAGGUGGAACUUUUGUUCCAUGACCUUCUAACCAUUGCCCAGAGAAUGAUAGAUAAACACAGGUUGAGUCAUACAGGAACCUUUGAAAUCAGCAGAGAGAAAAUAGCACAAGUAAUGGCUUAUUCCUUAGCACUUCCUGUACUGAAAAAAAUGUCAUUCAUUUGUCAUUAUGUUGUAGUAUAUUUUUUUCUUGCAUGUGGCAUGAAGGACAGGAUUUUACUCAGCAAUGCAGAAAGGUCUAACACAAACAGAAGCAAAAAACAUAGCCUUCCUACAUUGUGGCAUUGUGUUCAGAGAUCACCUAUAGUGCUAAUUCCACACAGGCUCCCCUCCAAGUGUUAUUCUUCUAAGGACUUUCUGGGUUUGAAAUUAGAAAAAGCCUUAGAGCAUCAACAAAAAAGAACAUAAAUGCUUUCCCUGGGUGUAAGAAAGCACCAGAUGAAAAGAUGGGGGUAUCAGAUUUAUAAUAUUAUCAAACCUGCACCAAGGUCCAGCAUAGAGCCUUGUAUAAAAUGAUUGUGCCUUCUGUAAUAGCUUACACAUUUGAGUAUGAUACAGUAUGUGUACCAUUAUGCUUGAGAGAAUGGAACCUAACUUGUCGUUUCUCCAGUUUCCAGGCUUUGUAGUCAGUUGCAGUGCCAUCUGGAUAAGUACAGAGACACCUGUCCUUUUUGGGUGUGAGCCACUGGGACAGAAGGGCUGCCAAAAUAGAAUGUCCUUCUCACACCAUCAAAACUGUCAGAAAAAGGCAGAGUACAGAAACAUUUUGGUUCUCUAAAGUACAGUGUAAAUAUGCCCACAAAAGUACAACAGUAGUGCCUAAGGUUCAGUUAUGUAGCUCACUCAUGUUCCUUCACAAUAAUGUUCUUAUGCCUAAAGGUACACAAACAUACCUGUGAGGAUUGUAUCUUAAACCCUUACCACUACCUUUGUUUCUGAUAAUAUUGAGAAAAUUAUUAUAUAAUAAUUGGAGAUAAUAGUGAGAAAAGCUAGGAAUUGUGAGACAGGGGUCAUUGCAGGACAUGUUCAACCAACUUUAAGGUUAAAAAAAAUACUGCUUCAUAUUCAAACUCCUGCCAAGGAUAGUCAGCAUCUGCAAUUUUUCAUCUCAAAUUUUCUAAGAGCCUCUCUGUAGGGUGCUGAGCAGAGAUGUCUUAUCAUUCUAAAGAAUUCACAAUCAGCACUAUAUAGGGGGAGACAGAAAUCUGUGCUGAUCCUGCUGUGGUUUUCUGACUAAGGCCUAAGUUGAUGGUGAAUGAUUUGGUCUUUUUGAAGUGAUUAGAAGAUGCUCUGGUUUGUCUGUGCUUACACUUAAUAUUAAUAAAUUACAAACAGAUUAAAUAACAUGUAGACAUGUUGACUAUUUCAGUAUUGGUGUAUGGUGCAGAAAAUUUCAAUGAGUGACAGUUCUGUGGGUGGAAACACCUUGUUGAUCAGAGGAGAAUGACCAGACUGGUUUGAGUAAACAGGAACUUAAUUGGCAACUUAAAUAAGCACUCUUUUCAAAUGUGAUGAGCAGAAAACCAUAUUAGCAUGCAUAACAUGUUGAAGCUCACGCCUUAUAUGUGCAUCAUUUUAUACAUUUAAUGCUGCCACGUAUGUAAUUAGCUGAUUGAAUUAUUUCACAAAUGCAUAUAUUACAUAUUGCAUAUUGGUUGCAUAUUGGAGUGUGUUUGCGUGUGUGAGAGAGAGGGACAGAGAGAGAGAGAGAGAGAGAGAGAGCAUUUGAACUGCAGGCUCGCCACACAUAAGAAGAUAUAAGAUGCAAGAGUCAUUACAUAAGAGCAUAAUCAAAAGAAUUUAAGUUAAUACUAAGAUCACAGAUAUCAUACAAAAUGUGCUGUUUCAUACAGAAUAAAAAAGGAUUUUUUGGCAUUCCCAUGUGCCUGUGUGGAAAUCUACAGUUCACCAAAUCAUAUCUAUAAUACAGACACGUCAUGUUCCAACCACCAUUAAUAUAUUAUUUAACAGAGGUAUUGCCACAAUAGAUCUAUUAUUCAACAAGACUUCCCAGAAUAUAUCAUUAAUUCAAGGAAGGGGCUACCACUUGAAAGGUAUAGUCUCAUCUUUUAUCACUGUUACUGUUUUUGUCCAUUUCUAUUUUUUAACCAAAAUGUCCUUAUGUUUCAUUGAAUGUCAUAUAUAAAUCUGUGGCGGUGGCGAUGGUGGCUCCAGUGGUUAAGGCUCAGUGCCGCUGACUGGAAGAUUGGGGGUUCAAGCCCCUGCACUGCCAAAUUGCCACUGUUGGGCCCUUGAGCAAGGCCCUUAACCCUCUCUGCUUCAGGGGUGCUGUAUCAUGGCUGACCCUGCGCUCUGACCCCAACCUCCAAGGAUGGGCUAUGUGAAAAAAGAAUUUCACUGUGCUCUAAUGUAUAAUGUAUGCUGUGGCCACAACAAAGUUGAUUAUUCUCAACAGCAUGUCCAGAAUCUUUCUUUUAAUCCAUUUAUAGUCACAUUUAGUGUUGUGGAAUGUCCAUGGGACAUAUUUGUUCCUUUUAUCACUUAUAUUGCUAAAAACAUUAAUUUCCUCACCUCAUUUUUCUCUAUCUUGAAGUUAAUAAGACCAAUUUAAAAAAUGCAGCUUGUCUUUUAGGGAAAUCACAAAGCACAAAGUCCUCUCUUCUGAAAACUCUCCUGUGAUCGCAAACUUACUGACAUCUGUCAAAUUACAAGGACACUGGGGAAGUGAAUGCUGAAUAAUAUCUCUUACAGAACGCUUCACCAUGUCACUGAUUAGAAAUUUAGAAACACUUUUGUUAAUCGUUCAUUAUUAGAUUAUGUGGAGUGUGUACCCGUGUAGCUCUAUAAAUGAAACAAUAAUGUAUUUGAACUACAUUAAUAUAAAACUAUGAUUAGCCUUGCAGUCAGAGCUGCUUUAAUAGAAAAGUAAUCAAUAACUUCUGACUACUUCUCAAGAUUAGAGAAUUCAACAGUGCUGUGGUAUUAAAAUUCAUAAAUAUUUCACACUUUAAUGUGUCAAAGACCACUAUAUUCUUGCAAAACUAAGCAUCAAAGUAAAAAGCACAGAAUGCUUUAAAAAUCAUAUAUACAAAUGGAUUCUGAAAUUGUCUUAUGGACAGAUGAGCUGUGUAAUAAAAAAAGGAAAUUUGAAGAUAAAAUGGAACCACUAAUGACCCAAAUCAUCCAACCUCAUGUGUGAAAUAUGAUAGAUAGAUGACUACCUGUCAACUAGAUUCAAUUAUCUUGAAUAAUGGUUUGAUUUAAUGCUGGAUUCAGUGGGCAGACGCAUCUUAAAAGCUUUCACCCAGAAUUCACUGGAUGGCCUUUCAACAUGCAGCAGGACAGUACAGUCACCAGUAACAUAAUAUUUAAGAUUCUGUGGUGUUUUGUGGACUUAAAUAUAAACCAAGUUGAACUGCAUUUCACUUUCUGGUACAUCUGCAACGAUUGCAAGUUUAAACAGAUCAUAAUAAUUUGUUCAGUGUUAAAAAGUCACCCAAAAGUGAUGUACAUUUACAGAAAGUACCUUUAAACUGACCACCUGACACAAUGAAAUAUAUAGUCAUUUUCCCCCACACAACAAAAUGUGUUGUAGGACAGAGCCAGAAAAAGAAACUGCUCACAGUCAGCUCUCAGAGCUAAUUACAGCACAGACUGCAAUGUAAAUAAGCCUGUAUUAACUAAUGAGUCUGUAAUGGCUGCUGAUACAAGCCAUUAUCUGGCUACAUCUUAGCAUUUUAUGUGCCCUUUUCACACACAAAAUCAAACCCAUGAGAACGUAAAAUUAUUUACCAAAUUAUUUACCAGAGAAACUCCAGCAUUUUUUAUCACCUUCGAUCACAAUGGAACACAAAGGAAUCAGCAUUUCCAACAUUGCCGAGUCUAAUCUUUGAAGAUGUGUGCAGAAUUGAUGGAGAAUGCAGGACUCGAAACUGAAUAAAGUGAAAGAAUUCAUUCACAGCUGGAAAGGAAAGGUAAGUUAAAAAUCAGUUAAUGUUACCUUAGCAUUGGUGCUGAGUAGCUAGAUAUGUAGUUAAUUGCUCUCCUGUAAUUAUUAUUCCAUAUUUAACACACUUCAGUUUAUCUAAUUUUAUCAAAAACAUUUUUUAUAAAAGGAUAAAUCUAUGGAAAGCUGAAGGAGUGGAUAAUGCUAGCUAGCUGUAUUUCUGCUUAACUGGACAUUUAGUAUUGUAGUGUAAAUGGUGAGCAUUUUUGUUUGUUCAGUGUUAAAUGUAGUUGAGAGUGAAGUGAUUGUGGCUUGACAUCCUGUCAGAUUAGCUUUGUUCACAUAUCGAAACGUUUCUACACACAGCAGUUCGAUUUUAUUUGCUGUCUAAACUCUGCUUGUGCUGAUACUUCAAACUGUUUCUUUGAUUCCUCUAGAUUUCAUGUUUUUUUCUCGAACACUAAUGUUUGACUCAGGCAUUGUUGGUGUUGUAGUUGAAGUAAAGUUACCUUUCAAAGCAGCAAAAAAUGUAAACACUGCCAAUUUCAUGUUGAAAAAGCAAGCUUAAUAGUGCAUGACCAGCUACCAGAUGCCAAAAUACAGUCUGAGCAAGUAACGCUGGUAAACCAUCUUUGGCAGCUAAGUUAUUUUCCAGCUUAUUUAAUUGGUCGAUAUUUAAUUGCCUUAUGGAUGAUCACUAGUGGUUUCCAGCUUAGAUAGAAAAUGAUGAAUAUGGUCUACCAGCCUGUGUUUUGGUAGCUCAUAAGACCAAUCUGGCUAUUUUAACAGUAUGCUGUACAUCCUAGAGAAUGUGAAUCAAAUUCAGAAUCUUUUUUCACAAAAAUAUUCCAGGAAUUUGUCUUGGUGCUGGAUUCAACUACAUGGAACACAAUUCACACAGUAUACUAUACACAUUUAUGCAAUAUACAAUCAUUUCCACAAGAGGAAGAGUCAUUUACAGUAAAUAGUCAGUGAGUUACAGAGAAUCUGUGGCAUAAUCGUGGUCUAGUGGGCUGUUAAACGUAAGUGUAAAAUGUCAGUCCAAUUAAAUGUUACAGAGGUAGGAUGUGCAAAAGGUCCUUGUUCAGGAUUGCCUGGCUGUCAGCAUUUUUGCAGCAUGAGGGGACUAGAGACGUAGUUGACAUUAAAUUUUGGACAUUUGCCUGGUAUGAGCACAUGCGUCACGAGGUACUUGUACAAUGUGAACACUGACACACUGUUUGGUGAUUUCAGCCGUGGCAUUUAGAGAUCAAGUUGAGCAGUGUGAUCUGUGUUCACAUCACUCCUACAGUGCACAUGCAGAUUAAGCAAUGCAGCAUUGAACUCAUAAUACAGUGAUUAGUACAGCUUUUCUGAAGUUAUAAAGUGCAGAGAUGUAUCAUAGCAACUUGUGCCUUAAAUCCCUAGUUUAGUCGCUUUGUAACAAUAGAGAAAGUAAUGUGUCCAAAAUUAAAAGCUAAGAACUGAAAGUUCAGAGGGAUUGAAUAUACAACAUUUCUGAUGUCAUAAACUGUUCAUUUCUAAGAAAUCCAUUGUUUUUCUAUACCUGCCGCACUGACAGUACUUCAGUCCAGGUAAAUCAGGGAUCUAUUCAUUUGCUUAUUGUAACUCAUUCACAGGGACAUGUAUAGUGGAUGAUCUACAUAAUAGGCAUAUUGUCUUGAAUAAAGUGUUACUUACCAGAUAGAAACAUAAUCUUCAAUACACUGAAGCUUCCUAUAAGAUCAUUUUUAUUUAAAAUGUAAAACGACACCUAUGUUUUUUGUAAAAGUCAUUAAGUUUCCCACAACUUAUUCAUUUCAAAAGAGAUAAAAAGAGGAUGGUGAGGGAAUGACUCUUUAUGGCUUUAUGCCUGUGAAUAUAAAUUGCUUUUUUUUGCAUGUUUUAAUGUAUUUACUGCAUAUUAGACAUUUUACACAUUAUAAUAUGGAACUUUUUAAAAUUGCAGUUUUUCCCACAACAUUUGUCAGACCAAAAAUUUGCACCACUGUGCUACAUUAAACUUUAAUGUUCAUCAAUACAUUAUUUUACGGCUUCAGUAGUUUUAAUGUUCAUUUAUUUCAAUUUCUGUUUUUUCAUUCAGGUGUUUAAAUUUGCUUUGCUCGAUGUUAAUAAAUUUUACACUUGUGAUCACAUAGUUUCACAUUUAUUUAUUUAUUUAUUUAUUUAUUUAUUUAUUUAUUUAUUUACUUCCUUACUUACUUACUUAAGGCAGAGGCAGAUACGCAUUACACAAUUCAACCAUGGCUACACUUCAUGGAAUUACAUCCAUUAAAGAAACAUUAUUUUGUAACUGAUUGCCCAUGAGGAGAAUUUCAGAUGUAGCUGAUAAGCCUGUAGUGCUCACAUGCAGGCUGUAUGUGCAUAUUCUUCUUUAAGCAUCACGUUCCACAUGCAGUAGGCCAUUACAGAGUAGCUCUCACUGUUGUACUUCAGUCUCAUGAGUGGAAACAGUACUGAGAAGCUCUGGCAAAACAAAUCAUUCAUCAAGCACUCUGAUGUGUUUAACAUAGUGUAAGCUAUGUAACAGCUUAGCUUUCCUAAUGGAAAGUCCAAGAUGGGAAGUGCAAAACAUCCCGUAGGCUACAACGAACAAUAUUAUCAGGCAAAUGUCCCUUAUUUUGAUUGAAUCUUUGAUGAAUCACUAAAUCUCAUAUGUCUGCCUUGUAUUUUUUCUCAUUUUUAUUAGAAUUUAACAGCUUGACAUCCAUUUUUUCAUUUGGCUCCUAUAGUUCUCUCUCGUUAUAAGUCUAAGAUUCUUAGGCAAUGGAUCAAUGUUGUGGGCUGAAAUGACACCUGAAUGAGCACAUUUUGGUUCUAUGCUGUGCAGAUUAACCUCCAGCAGAAAUUAACUGCUUUUUCUAACAGUGGCAGGCAACAGAAGAACAGAAAGUAUAUUAACUAUAAAAUGGAAAUUAAAAUAAAGAUUAAAUGGGUGCCAAAGGUUGGUUAAUUAUUUGUGGCUCUACAUUUAUUUCACAAGUAUUGUUCCCUACUGGAGUUUAAAAUUAAAUAUCCAAUGUUACGGCUUAAUUUCCUCUUUUUUUUUUUCUUUCUUAUCAUUCCUACAGUGGAAAAGUGCUUUGUAUCAUUUCACUGUCUGUAACCAUAUAACAUCAUGUUUCUUAGGCAAAAGACACAUAACAGGAGAAUGAUUCCUAGAUUUGGUCCAUAAUUGUUUGCAUUAUUAAUCAUAUACUGGAUUUUAAAUUGGUGUUAAUGCUAACAAUGAGGAUCACUGUAAUCUAACUGCAUGUGCUUUAUUAAAGGUUUGAGAUUUGAUUAGUUAACUAUUAGAGUUAACUAAACUAAAUAAAAUUUAUUCCAGCCUUUUACUACUUUUGUUGUUGUUGUUGUUGUUGUUUCUAUACAGGAUCCUUGCAAUGAAACCAACCAGCCACUAAAACCCUCUUCAAAUGUGAUAUUUUUGUAUUUUGAUUUACUUGUUCUUACCAAAGUUUAUCAGAUUCCCAGAGUAAACACUGUUUCAUGUUUUGGCCAAAAUAGCUAUAUUUCACCCAAAAGGAAAUGUUCACAAGUCUUUUUAAAACCAAGGAUGUUUUACAUUACAUUAAAAACAAAAAAACGUAGCAUUAAUUAAUAAAUUACAUAUUCAGUCAUAUUCAAUAAAUUUGUUAGAAAUGACCAGAAGUGACAAAAUAGGUUGAAAUAAAGAGAUAUUAACUCAGAACAAGGACAUGGAGCUAUAUUUUACCAAAAUGAUUUGGAAAAGUCUUUUUUAAAAUCUUACAUAGGCUGUAUUCCUACAAAUAUCAUAUUGUGAUCUACCUUGAUAUCUAAGUGUUUUCCUCACACAGUGAAUGUCAGGCUUUGAUCAAGCUGUUAGAGAGCAGUAUGCUUUAGAGAAAUGGACAUAAACCUCAUCAGUUCACUUUGUAAUCAGAUACCAGCUAUCAAAAUAUCUGUAAAGCGUUUGUGCUUUGGUUUAAUGGAAUCAUUAGAAUGCCGUUUUCUCCAUUUUCAUUUUUGGGGAUAACCAAGUUUGAAAAUGCUAGUUGUAGUUGAGAUACAUGCAAAAGAAAACAUUUCAUUUCACCUUAAUCAAAAAAUGACUGUUAACUAGCACACUGAUCAUCUCACAGCUGGGCCAAAUGUGAUGCUAAAUCAUUUCUCCAAAGGGCAGAAAUAACUCCUUCUCAUGCGCAUUCGUCUAUAUAAUUCUCCCAAUGUACAACUUAGCACUUAGACAUGUAGAUGUUUUGUGGAACAUCCUACAGAGUGAAGAUAAACUGCUGAAUACAUUGGGAAUAAUCCCAGGUUUUGUACUUUAGAAAAGCAAAUGCACAUAUAAUGCUCCUCCUAAAUGCCAUUUACAUUGAUAUUUGAACUUAUUCUGGAUGGUGCAAUAAGUCUUUAUUUGGUCUAUGCAUUUUUUUUUUUCUGAGUUUCAUCCAAUGUAGAGAUGAUCAAGUCUUCCCUAAUGUAUGACUGUUAGGGAUUUGGGAGGGACACAUGCUUGCAGACAAACUGCUGUACAUGCUUAGAGAAGAAUGCUAACUGCCCUGUACAGUAAACACAAGCUAACAGAUGGUCUCAAUUAGCUUGUGUCACUCUGAAUGACAAAUUCCUAUACCUUCCUACCCCGAAAAGGGCCAAUUAUGCUCUCUUGGCUAUGGAUGGCUGCUGGGAUUUAAUUUUCUUUCAAUAAGGUGAAACUAUAGAGAUUUUAACCAUGGAUAGUCCCUUGUGCUUUUGUAGAAUGCACUGUGAGUCAUUUGUUUUGUCAACCUAAGUAAAAUUCCCAAGUCCAGCCUCAGCAAGAUCAGUGUCAUGGAGCUCGGAAACAAGUCAUGAAUAAUAAAGCAAUUCAGUGUUAAAUUUUGCACACAAGAGAGGAUCAGCACAGCACAUUUCACUGAUGUGAUUCGGUAUGACUUUUUUUUUUUUGUUAUGUUCUUCUAUUCUCUACACUGCCAAAUUUCCAAUUCAUUAUUUCUAUUCUCCUUGAAUAAAUUGCAAUAAUUAAGAAAAAAAAAAAAAAAUCAGAUGUUCCCUUGCUCCCAGUGUGUGACGUCUUCUGGAAAGUGUCCCAGCCUUUAUUCUGUAUACUCGAUUAUUUCCAAAUGUCCUGAACAAGAGCUGCUCAAUGAGAACAUUGUCUUAAGAUUUUCAAGAUUAGAUUUUUAGGGUCAGUAUUAACUCAAUUUAAUGAGCUUGUCAACAUUACAGUGUUUCCAGAAUGGUCCAUGAAAAAAUUUAUUUGCAUCCUAAUUGGAUUUUUUUUUUAUAUCUGUCUGUCACAGAGACAGUCAUGUGAGUGUGGGGCUAAAGAGAAAAUCCCAGAUGCGUCAGUAAGGACAGGAAAGUUUUGGCUGUAUGAAUACAUGGAUAAUUUCAGCUCAGUGAAUAGGUUUUAAUUUAGCAAACCUCCAGAAGGUUCUCUGAAUGUUUGUAGAACUUGCUGUGUUUGCUAUAUUUUACUAUAUUUUCCUGAAGUAUUUAUAAUGCAGUACUAGGAUGGUCAGGAUUGAGUUGGUGAAAUAAUGGAAAACUAAUUCAGUAUUGAUUUGAUCUCCAGCAAGAGAUCAAACUUUUUUAUCAGCAGUUAACAGAAGACCCAAGUCUAUUCAGGAACAAAUACCAUAUUGGAUGCAACAAAACUGAAUGUCAAAAAUAAUAUGAAAAAAAAACAAACAAACAAAUAAAUAAAUAAUUAUGCAAAACCCAUGUAUCUUAUGCUUUUGAUUAUGGAAAAUAAGUUCAUAUGCAAGUGCUACUCAGUUGUUGGAGGGACAAAUUCACCUCCAGUGAUAAAUUGCUGUUUAGCCAGCUACCAACAGCUGGUAUUUGUAUGCUGGCAUAAAUAAUAGGUUGAAAAAAAUUGUGUUGAAAACUAAACAAAAAUAACCUUUGCAUAAGAAGCUGCUAAACAAUAGAAGCUUUGGAGAAGGAUCUGUUAUGGUUACGACUUAAGUAAAUUUCGGAUGCCAAAGUAAGAGCCAGGCAUGAAGCUGAUGAUGUAAAUUAUAUGAAAUGUACUCAUGCGACACAAAGGUUUUCACAAAACGAACACUUGUCACUAUUGGGCUUUGUUUACUUAACAUGAUUGCAGAUGUUAUAUACUGUAUAGUUUCUUUACAGUUCUAUAUUCAUUGGAAAUCUUUGUGCCAGUUUUUUCUAAUUGACUUUUGUUGAUUAUCAUUGGAAAACAAAUACACUCUAUUCUUUUGGUGCAUCUUUGUUAAAAUGAGCCCCUGUGCGAUCAUUAUAUUUGUGCACUAAUGAUGUUGCCUUUCCAAAUAUAGUAUUUGUAUGCAUACCCUCCACACAUGUAAUAAUUCAUAAUCAGCCAGGGCUGAACUGGUAGCCCUGUUAUGGCCAGUAGUAGCCUCCUGUCUCCACCUGCUCAACAUAACCUAACAAUACUGUAUCAUAGCAAAGCAUAAAACAAACAUGGGAACUAAGCAACAAGUCAUUCACAUACACAAAUAAUCUAAUUCCUUUCACCUUUGUGCCUCUUUAUAAAUAGUUAACAGGAAGUCUGAGACUUUUGCCUAGUUGCCUGGUGGCUGCUGCUCUGUUAGAACUGACUAACUUCUAGUCAGAGUACAAAGAAAAGUUAUGAAAUGAACUUCUAAAUCACCUCAUGAAAUUAGACAUAUCCUAUUCAACAUAAUGCACAUUUUCCACACCCUCCAGAUCAAUACAAAAUAUGUUAACAACAUUAAGUUGGGCAUUCCCUACAUCUAAAAGGCAGAAUCCUCCAGCUAAAGUGGCUAAAUGGUGUUAUUUAUUUUUGAAUAGAGCUGCACAUCUUAGUUGCUGGUCCAGGUUCAAGUGCACUAAGGUCUCUGAUAAUUCUCCGCCUACUUUUAGCACUUAAGCAGCAAUAAAAGAAGUAAAUAUCUACCAACUUUCCAGAAGAAAGGCAUGGUAGAUGUAGGAAGAACAAAGAGAGCAGCUACAAAAUCCACAUUAAGUGCUAGGAUAAAGUGAUCAUUUAAAGUACAGAUAAGAACAAAAUUCAAAAUACAUAAUAAUAGAAACUAACCAGUGCAGUAGUAUGAGUAACCACAAUUUACUCUGAUAUAUACACUAUAUUGCCAAAAGUAUUCGCUCACCUGCCUUGACUCGCAUAUGAACUUAAGUGACAUCCCAUUCCUAAUCCAUAGGGUUCAAUAUGACGUCGGUCCACCCUUUGCAGCUAUAACAGCUUCAACUCUUCUGGGAAGGCUGUCCACAAGGUUUAGGAGUGUGUUUAUGGGAAUUUUUGACCAUUCUUCCAGAAGCGCAUUUGUGAGGUCACACACUGAUGUUGGACGAGAAGGCCUGGCUCUCAGUCUCCGCUCUAAUUUAUCUCAAAGGUGUUCUAUCGGGUUGAGGUCAGGACUCUGUGCAGGCCAGUCAAGUUCCUCCACACCAGACUCUGUCAUCCAUGUCUUUAUGGACCUUGCUUUGGUCACUGGUGCACAGUCACGUUGGAAGAGGAAGGGGCCAGCUCCAAACUGUUCCCACAAAGUUGGGAGCAUGGAAUUGUCCAAAAUGUCUUGGUAUGCUGAAGCAUUCAGAGUUCCUUUCACUAGAACUAAGGGGCCAAGCCCAGCUCCUGAAAAACAACCCCACACCAUAAUCCCCCCUCCACCAAACUUUACACUUGGCACAAUGCAGUCAGACAAGUACCGUUCUCCUGGCAACCACCAAACCCAGACUCGUCCAUCAGAUUGCCAGAUGGAGAAGCGCGAUUCAUCACUCCAGAGAACGCGUCUCCACUGCUCUAGAGUCCAGUGUCGGCGUGCUUUACACCACUGCAUCCGACGCUUUGCAUUGCACUUGGUGAUGUAUGGCUUGGAUGCAGCUGCUCGGCCAUGGAAACCCAUUCCAUGAAGCUCUCUGCGCACUGUUCUUCAGCUUUGGAGGUCUGCAGCGAUUGACUCUGCAGAAAGUUGGCGACCUCUUCACACUAUGCGCCUCAGCAUCCGCUGACCCGGCUCCGUCAGUUUACGUGGCCUACCACUUCGUGGCUGAGUUGCUGUCGUUCCCAAACACUUCCAUGUUCUUAUAAUACAGCUGACAGUUGACUGUGGAAUAUUUAGGAGCGAGGAAAUUUCACGACUGGAUUUGUUGCACAGGUGGCAUCGUAUCACAGUUCCAUGCUGGAAUUCACUGAGCUCCUGAGAGCGACCCAUUCUUUCACAAAUGUUUGUAAAAACAGUCUGCAUGCCUAGGUGCUUGAUUUUAUAUACCUGUGGCCAUGGAAGUGAUUGGAACACCUGAUUCUGAUUAUUUGGAUGGGUGAGCGAAUACUUUUGGCAAUAUAGUGUAUAUAGAAAGGGUAAUGACAUGGUAAAAGAAAGCCUGGCUAUAUCUAUACCCAUAUACACAGACUCAGCAUGAGAGUAAGUACUGCUGCGGUUUUAGUUAUUUAAUUUAUGUUUAUAAAUCAACUCACACCCACUGUUUGCAGAAUAAUGGAUUAUGUAAUGAAUAUCAUAUGCUGAAUAUGUUCUCCUAGACAUCUGAUGCUGCAGUGCAUGCUCCUUUUCACUAUCUGAGAUGAAGUCUGUGGUGAAGAGACAUGCCAUUGGACCUCUACAUCCUCCUGGUGGUUCACUGCAUAUCAGCCUUUCUUGUGUUUGGGCUGAAGUUUGGUGUGAUCCUUUCUUUUUUAAUGGUUUUCAUGGACUUUUACCACCACUUUGCAGCUACAUCAGCAGGCAGCCAGACAUCCAUCAUAGCAACUCUAUAUAUCAAAGCUCCAGCUGGCUCUGCAUUCAGUGCAUGUAUUGGCCACGGAGUUAUGGUGAUGCUGGGAGGCCUGCUGAGCAGUGUGGGCAUGGUGGCUGGAGCAUACACUCAAAAUCUGCUCCAGCUUUACAUCACUGUGGGCUUUCGGACAGGUUUUGGCAAUGCUCUGACCUGGACCCCCACUGUAACCAUGCUGGGCUGCUAUUUUGAGAAGCAGCAGCCUGUUGCCAAAUUUCUUUCCAGCGCAGGUGAAUGAAUCGUCACUUUCCUUUUCACACCUUUCUUCCAAUUUCUAGUGGACCAUUAUUCCUGGAGGGGUGCCAUGCGAGUGUUGGGAGCUGUGCAGCUGCGAUGUAAGUGUGGUGCACUUCUGUGGCCACUGACUGUCCUCUCUGAUGAGCGUUCAACAGAUCCAGGCAGACUCAAUCUACAGUCCCUCUCCCAAAUACACCAUGAACCACAGGAGGCUCCUAACUCACGAACAAAGUCCAGCAGUAGACCAGAAGCCCUAAGAAGAAAGAUUCUACACUAUGUGGACUCCACUCUGUUAAUUGCCAACCCUCAUGUCAGGGUUUACUCAUUGUUUGGCUUGUUUGCAGUUUUUGAUUUCUUUGACCCUGCUCUAUUUCUUGUGCCAUAUUACAGUUUUUUAAAGAAAUGGUCUUUUAGGCCUAAGCAAUUGCAUUUUAUUGAAGUGCAGUCAUGACCGUAAUAGCACCAGUAUUGCCUUCAAAUCUCUCACUGAAUAAAAAUGCUGUGAAGCUUAUAAGGAUUUAAACUAUGCUCAAUAUGACUUAGAAUGCAGAAAGAAAAGAGCCUUACACAGAAUCAGUCAAAUACCAUUUCUCUCUCUCUUCCUCUCUGACAUGGCUGUGUUAAUUUCAUGCAUUAUUGGUUACAGGAUAAAUGUUCUUUCUUAUCCUUUGUCAUAGCUGUUUCUAACACAAAUUUAUGGCAUGUUUUAUAGAGUGUAACUCUCCUCAAGUUCUCCAUAUGCAAUAUGUAGCCUUGCUCACAAACAAUAUUCUCACAAUAUAUCACAAGAGCAUGGCAAUGGCACCAAAUCAAUCAAAGUGGUAGUGAGAAACAGCACUGCAUGCUGUGGCAGCAAUCAUCGGUGGUAAUUCUUUGUGUCUGCCAAACAGUGUUAAACUUGUGUCAUUUAAACAAACAAACAAAAAUCUUUAGAGUAAAAGUAUAAAAAUUAUCUGAAAUGAUUUGUGCAGUUAUGCAGUAAAUUAGUUUGUCUAGAUGCUAGCACAUUAAUCCAGACUCUCAGGCUGUCAUUUGGAAUGCAGAAAUUUUGUCAGUACUUUAGGAUAUACAGUAUAUGCACUCAAAUAACUUAUUAAAAUGAGACAAGAAUCAGAAAACCAGUCACUUUAUACAAGCUGUGCUGCACUUAUGCCCUCAAAUUAGCAUUCAGCAUGAAGCUGCACAAAUCAUGCAGCAAAGAAAAGUGUUGCUAAAAUAGGAUCCAGUGUGCAGGCUAAUCUCUUUAUUGUGAUUUUACUCUUAAGCUGGUUUAACACACAAUGAAUUUUGAACACUGCUUGAAUAACGUUAAAAAAUGUCACCUCUACGUCUCCAGGAGGCUUUAUAGACAAAACCAGCAGCUUUAGUGCAGGCUUUCUGAAGGCAGGCACUACUCUUAUAAUCACUACAAUGCUCUGGCUGCAUCAGAUUACCAGGAGGCCACAUGGCAAACAAAACUAAGAAAUACCUUCUUCAGCUGAGAGAAAAGUUUAAAAAGCAAAAAGAAAUAAUGGAGUGGAAUGGUAAUGUAGAAACAUCUGGAGUAAUGAUUUCAAUUACUGCUAUAUGCUGUGACUGACAGUGUGGAACUCGGCAAAACUACUGUAAUUAUGAUUUUGAAUUAAUAUGACAUGUACAUCAACCUCAAUGUGUGUGAUGAUCUAUCCCUAUGAGAGUUCUCCUAAGGAAGCUAAGUAGCAAUGUGGCUUGUGUCACUUGUAGUUUGUUGCUUGUGCACUGUCCAGAUCUUCUUUUUUUCUUUUUUUUUCUUUUAAGCUCUGAGAAAUGAUAAUAGGUAUAUAAGCUCAUGGAGCACUUUAUUAGGAACACUAUACUAGUACAGCUUCAAUUCUUUGUGGCAUGGAUUCCACAUUUGAGAUUCUGGUCCAUGACAUGACUGCAUCACACAAUUCUUAGAGAUUUUUUAAGGGGAACUUUCAUGCUAUGAAUCUUGUUCAACCACAUCCCAAAGAUAUUCCUUUGGAUUUAGAUCCGGUGACUGGGAAGACCACUGAAAAAGUCAUUGUCAUGUUCAUGAAACCAGACUGAGAUUACUUUUUCCCUUUGUGACAUGGUGCUUUAUUAUGCUGGAAGUAAACAUUAUCAGAUAAAUUGUGGAAAUGAAGUCAGUAACAAUACUCAAAUAGUCUGUGGCAUUCAAGUGAUAACUGAUUUAACAGCUAAAGUGUGACAAGAAAACAAUCCCCACACAAUCACACCACCUCCACCAACCUGGACUGCUGACAGGCAGGAUGUGUCCUUGGAUUCAUGCUGUUGAAGCCAAGUUCUGACCUUACCAUCUGUGUACCUCAGCAGAAAAACAGACUACAUUUUCUAGUCUUCACUUGUCCUGUUAAAGAACUGUCAAAUACCGGACGUUGCUGGCCCAUGUCUGCACGAUUUAUAUGCACUGCCUUGCUACCACAUGAUUGGCUGAUUAAAUAAUUUGUAUCGGUUUUGUACAAGCUUCACUGGCAGAUUAGCAAAGCUAGCUAACUGUACUAGAAUAUACACUCACUCGACGUAGCAACCAUCUUUGCUGCUUUAAUUUGCCUCUAUAGACAUUUAAUAAGAUCCUGUAUAUAAAAAGAGAAGAUAAAAUUACACAGUUAUAAGUUUUUCUUCUGUUUUUUAAACAGUAAAUGGUAACUAAUCCCAGUGGUCUAAUGAAUCAUUCGAGCCAAUUGUUAGAAUUUGUCAGCUCACUGUUUCAUACCUAAUUUGCAUAGAAUUGAGAAAAUGUUGCUUGCAUUGCUGUUGUUUUGUUACUGAAAUUGUGGCUCAUUGUCAUGCGCCUACAUGGAAAACUAAUGGUCUCCUUUCUCUUUGUCGCUUAUUAGUGUGGAUGUGGGGAAAGGCCUCAUGCUGCUGCCUUAUCCACCGACACCAAGGUUCAUGAAGAUCAUUUGCAAUAUAGAAUUGCAUAAGCAACACAUAGUACAUUGAUACACAGGGUAAACUCACGACUGUAAACUUCUGAAAAAUGUCCUCCCACAUGCUGCAAAAUACCCACUGUUCAAUUAAUACCUAUAGUGUUUAUACAAAUGAACACAAAACUGAGGUGUUAAUUAAACACAGUAAGACUUUGAUGCAGAAGGUGAUAAUUCAGCACUCAGGAUGAUGAUAUUCGAAGCAAAGUGUUCUACCUUUGUACAAAAAAAGUUCCUGAAAGCUUCUUUGGAUUGUUAAGUUAGCUUCCUACAUUUGAAUUUACAUUUACAUUUAAAGCUCAUUAAUACUUCUGUCUAGAGAAUAUCCCUUAGUACAGUGUCUAUAAAUACUAUCAAGCUUAAUCAUUGUUAGAGAGAAGUUGGGAAAGUACUGUGCUCAUUCCUACAUCAAUUCCAAACUAGAUCCAUGAAACUAUCCAAAAAGUGAAUGCUUUAUAAAUGAUUAUGCUAUUUACUAUAACAUGCUAGAAAUCUUUAUACAAAAUGCAUAAAAACACAAGAUCUAAUUGUUUAUUAAAAGGAUCGUUUGUAAUAUUUGCAGUGAUGUACUCUCCUUAAGAAUGUACAUUUAUAUGACAAAACUAUGCCUUAAAUGCCUUUCAGUGUGCAGAUACAUUUUCUUUGUACUUUUCCAGAGUGUGGUGUUUGGGAAGGUAUCUUUGGUACCUACUCAGGUUAAAAUCAUGUUCAGCAAUAAAUGGCCUUUGUUUCCAAAUGUCUUUGGCUUUGAGAGUAUACGCAUCCAAGGGGUCCAAUCUAGAAACCUUUAACUGAUAAAAACCUUUAUUCAGUAAACUGGUUUUGAACAACUAACUGAAGCUUUGUAAAGUUAACCUUUCAUCUAAGAAUGUACAAACCUCAAAUAUUCCUACAUUUAAAUCAUUUGGAGUAAGGAGAUUUAGGCAAGGAGGAAGGCUUUUUCUGAUUGCCCUCUAGUGCUGAUCAGGGGUAAGCACUCAGAGCUGUAUGUCCUACAAAUCAGACCAGUGCUACAAUUUCCAUAUCUAAUCUGCGCCGGUUAUAUAGUGAUCAUAUCGUAAUCGUUUGUGAAAAUUUUCCUAAAUCCAUAAAGAUAAGUGGCCUCCAUAAUCAAAUUGUGUAUAAUGUUCUUUCCAGGCCCUGACGAGGCUCUGACGCUAAUGCACUCUGUAGUAAGUGCUAUCUCUUAGACACAUAAGCCACACAUGUUUCUUGUUUAUUCUGUGUUAUGAAAGAGGAUGCAGCCUCUCAAAGCAAAAUCAUUUGUGCAGGAUUUUAAAGCAUACUUUCGAGAGAAUAUAAGAGAAUAUCUUUUCCCAACAUCUGAUGUUUUUGGUGUUUUUUUUUCAUGGUUUACACAGAUAAGUGACUUUUAAACCAGAAAAUAUCUGAACGCUUAUGAUAGAAAUCUGACUCUUGGAAUAACACAAAUAGGUUCGGCUUCAUCGCCUCUAUAAAUCUUGUGAAAUAAACGACGCACUGAGGCUUGGCUGUAGUAAGCAGAUUUACAAACAAAAGGCCUGCAGUCUUUAAACAUAUAUGUUCCUCUCUCUCUCUCUCACACACACACACACACACAUUAUACAAGAAAUUAUAGCACUCAUCUAUUUUCACGAUUUUUUAUAUCAGGGGUUCUCAGGCUUUUUGGAGCCAGUGUGCUCUUUAACUGUUCUUUUCACCGAUUAAUUUUAUGAACAAUAAUAU